AUGGGAUCCCCGAGCAGCCGGGGCAGGGCAGGAUCGCGCUCCUUGGCCCCUCACCCACAGCAGGGACGUCCCAGGAACACCGUCCCCAGCAGCUCUGCCCCACAGCUCGCCCCACAGCUCGCCACACCCGUCUCCAACCGCGGCACCGGAGUCACCCACCCGUAUCCCCUCCAGGCGCGCAAGGACCCGGAGGAGCUGCCCACCCCCACCUACCUCAACAUCCAGGAGCUGCGGGAAGAAGUCGCAGCCGCUGACUCGGCCCCAGAGGAGCCCGGCAGCUCUGUGUUGGACUGGGAAACCCACACGGAUACGGACAGUGGACAUUUGUUUUAUUAUAACCCGGUGACGGGCGAGACCACGUGGGACUGUCCCUUUGGGCAGGCAGAAGAUGGAGUGAGUCCCGUCGCCUCUCCCGCCUCCUCGCUCGCCCACAGCCCGGAGUUUCCCGAGUGGGAACAGUACAUGGAUGAAGCCAGCGGACAGGCUUUUUUCUAUAAUUCGGUAACAGGUGAGACGUCGUGGGACCCCCCCAACACGGGACACAGAGGCAGCUCCGGGGAUAUGUACCCUGGGGUGACACGGUACAGUCCCAUGGAGCAGAGGGUGAGCACCCAGAGGGGCACGGGAGGAAAGCCUGCAAACCCCCUGCAGAGCAGGGCCCCGAUGUCCCCAUCACCUCCGGCUGGGUGCCAGAGGUGCCACCCUGUCCCCUUGCUCCCACAGCGGCACCCCAGCACUCUGACCACCCCCGAGCACACGGUGGAGCUGCGCGGGGCCACCCUUGCCUGGGCCGGCAAGGACAAGUCCAGCAAGAAGCACGUCCUGGAGCUGAAGACACGAGAGGGCUCGGAGUUCCUCAUCCAGCACGAUUCGGAGCAGAUCAUCGCUGCCUGGCAGAAGGCGAUCGCCGACAGCAUCGGCAGGCUGGGCACCGACCUCCCUGGCGAGGAAGAUGCCGAAAGCGGGGCUGAGUUUGGCUCCCGGGAGAAGCUGGGGGGCAGCGAGGAGAAGAGGGCAGCGGCCGGGCAGGCAAUGGGCAGUGCCAGCGAGAGCGACUCCAGCAAAGUCCGGAACAAACUCCGCAAGUUCCUGCAGAGGCGGCCAACGCUGCAGUCCCUGCGCGAGCGGGGCUACAUCAAGGAUCAGGUUUUCGGCUGCUCCCUUCAAGCGUUGUGCGAGCGUGAGCGGGGGACGGUGCCGCGCUUUGUCCUGCAGUGCAUCCAGACCGUGGAGAGGAGAGGCCUGGACAUCGACGGGCUGUACCGGGUCAGCGGCAACCUGGCCACCGUCCAGAAACUGCGCUACAAAGUGGAACACGACGAGCACCUGGACCUGGAUGACGGGCGCUGGGAGGACAUCCACGUUGUCACCGGGGCGCUGAAGCUUUUCUUCCGGGAGCUGCCGGAGCCACUUGUCCCCUUCAGCCACUUCGACAAGUUCAUUGCUGCCAUCAAGAUGCAGGACCCGACCAGGCGUGGCCGGUGCAUCCGUGACCUGGUGUUCUCCCUCCCGCCUGCCCACCAUGACACCAUGAAGGUCCUGUUCCGCCACCUCUGCAGGGUUAUCGAGUACAAGGAGGAGAACCGCAUGUCAGUGCAGAGCAUCGCCAUCGUCUUUGGCCCCACGCUGCUGCGGCCAGCGAGCGAGGAGGGGAACAUGGCCAUGCACAUGGUCUUCCAGAACCAGGUGGUGGAGCACAUCCUCAACCAGUACAGCUACAUCUUCCCCGACGGCUAAAACCCCCCAGGGACAGACAUGGGGACAAGCCCAGCAGUGGGGAUAUGAAGGAGCAGCGUCUCGAGGGAAGGACUUGGCCGUGUGUCACCUUGGACGAUGGGUGGUGGCAAUCGCGGGCUCGAUGAAGGGCGGCACAGUGGCCUGGCUCGAGGGAUGGGUGCGGGAGCUGAGGGCACCCCAAGCACCCCGUCCUGCUCUGCCACCCGCUCCGGCUGGGGCCGGAUCCACGGAGGUUGAGCCCCAGGGGGUGGGUGGGGUUUCGGGGGGUCCCCAUCGGUCAAGAGGGGACAAUGGAGCCCUGCGGUCCCCAGCUGGCCAAGGCCAGUGGCACAGACCCCGGGAUGAGAGGACGGAGGACAGGCAGUGCCUGCGGGGACGGUGCCGCUGGCAGGAAGGACAGGGAGGAGCCGGGCUGUGCCGCGGCCGGAGCCCGCCGCCAUGUUCCUGAAUAAAGAGCCCGUUCAGCCGCGA